GAUCGUAGACACAGAACCCAGUGUGGCUGAGCCGGCCAACCUUCACCAAAUGGUCGAGCCCGCACCCGGAAUAGCAAGGAAAGAAGGCGAUGAGGGCGUGGAUGGGGUGGAGGUGGCCAUGGGGCUGGUGAGCUCAGAAUCUCCGGAUAGUGACCGAGCGUGGAUGGGACACCGUCCCAGGAGGCGUCAGGGGUCGCCGUCUCCUGCUCCCAGGGGAUCACGUCGACAUCGAGGACACCGCAGAGAUGAAAGCAGAGAAACUAAACGAAGCGGAAAUGUUUCCAGUCUUCUUUUCACCGCCAACAGCCCCUACCCUAAAAGGUCGCAUCUUUCGCCACUGCGAUCCCGGAGCCACGAUCCCUCCAAGCCAGAGAACCUCAAGCAUUUCAGCAGUCAGUCCCCAACGAGGUGGCCCUAGUCAACAACACGGCACAUCGCCCAGAUUUUCUCCCUCUCCAUCGCUCCCACCCAUCAAGAAAAAGCGCGCCCCUGCCAAGCGGCACAACGUAUCAACCGUCGACACUCCGACAUCCAGUCAAAGAAACAACGGAGCCGAACACCUGACAAACCUCACGGUUUCUUGCGGGGCGAAUCGCUUCCGGACGGGACUGGUGGUAGACCACCUUUUCUUCAGCCCUCUGCCGCGUCGGAAACUGCAGGGCAGCCCCGAAAGGAUGCUGAGAAGCAGCAAGGUCAGCCCUAGAAGGGCCGAGAAUAUCAGAGCUUGCUUCGCGAGGCCCCAACCGACCAACCCCAACGUCGUCUUCACUCGCUCCUUGAGCCCGCCCUUCAACUACUCCGUGACCAGGGAACAGAACAGACGCUUUCUUAGCAUGUACACCAAUGCCAGGAUCUACUAGGCUCGACCCUCUUAGUUCGAUAUUUAUCGAUUAAUUGCUUGCGUGCUUGAUUGAUUGAUUGAUUGAUUGAUUGAUUGAUUGAUUGACUGCUGAUUGAUUGAUUCUAUUUUGUCGAAGCAAUUGUCUUCCGAUAGCCUUAUCAAGUAAGUUCCUUACGUGAUCCGUGAAAAAUGUCUUCUUACAUUUAAAUUUUUUUUUAUGAAUCCUUCACCUGCUGGACACCGGGAGAAGUGAGCUCGUGGUUAUGUUCCACCAAGAACAUACACUGAUGAAUAAACGAGGUUGUACGUCCUUCCCCAGUGUUUGUCUUUUUCCCAUUUCUGGGUGUUUUUUUUUUUCAACCAUGAUAUAAAACGAUGGAUUGGAAGUGUGUGAUGGGAUAACGAAUGAGGAACUACUUUUUUAAGUUUACGUCAGCAGCUGGAGAAGAUUGUCAUGAUGGCGGUGGUGGCAGGGGCAUCAAUGCCGACAUGUGUUUCGUCUGGACUAGGGACUACAGAGAGAGAGAGAAUACGUGUUUGUAUUCGUACGAAAGUCAGGAGUUUCAUGUCCUAUCUCUGUAACAUUUCUUCAUAUACAGGUUUGGGGGCUUUUUCUCCGUUUAUUUGCCCAAUUUGUCCUGCCUAGAAUAGCUCUGAGACCACACGUCGUGUUCUGUUUGGUUGUGCUCAUAUUUCGUGUACUUUUGAUGAAGCAUCUCUCCCUGGUUGGCUGCAUGACUCAUAUAAUCGAAAGUGUAAUCGAAAAUUUUAAUAAAAAAGCAUCUGUGGUGCUGACAGAUUGUGUUUAGGCACCACAGAUGUUUGACAGAAAUACUCUGCGUGGG